ACUCCAACAAGCGCUGCCAACGUGAUCGAACUUAAUUUACCUAGUUCAAUAAUAUUGUUGCCGACUAUAUAAUAAGUAACAUUUAUUUAAUUAACAUUCAGCAGUAUCUUAAGAACAACUUAACACGAUGAGUACGAUGCCAGUCAACUCCUCCACCCUCCUCCCUUUGGAGCUGGUGGACAAAUGCAUAGGAUCUAGGAUACACAUAAUCAUGAAAAACGACAAAGAGAUCGUUGGGACUCUCCUGGGAUUCGACGAUUUCGUUAACAUGCUUCUCGAGGACGUCACCGAAUACGAGACGACGCCCGAAGGACGGAGAGUCACCAAACUGGACCAGAUCUUGCUUAACGGAAACAAUAUUACAAUGGUAAUAAAAAAAAAUAAUAAUAACACACGUCCUAAUCACACUAACAACAUUGCUCCGUCAUCAUUCGAACUUUUACAUCCAAUUAAUUGCAAAAAAAAAUAAUAAUAGUAGUAGUAAUAACGUAAUAUUCGCACUUUUUCCAAAAGAAAAAUCCUUAUUGCAAAAAAAAAUAAUAGUUAUAAAAUAAUAAUAAUAAUAAAUAUAUAUAAUCGUUUCUAGUUUCUAAAAUAAAAGGACCAUCACCGAAAACGUGUGGCGAUAUAAAUAAUAACAAAAAUAAAUAAGAUUUUUUUCAUCAGUUUUCGAUUCAAGUGUCGGUUUGUAGGAGUUUGCAGAGAGAAACGAACGUUUUUUUCUUUUCUUUUUUUUGGAAUUUUUGCGUUUUCAAAUGACUUAAGCUAUUUUUUUUGUCUUUCUUCAUUCAAUCUUUAAAUCUACACCAUAAGUAUAUAUAUUUAUAUAUAAAAUUAGAAUUAUUGACGUACCGGCGAUUUGCACUUUUGAAAACACACAAUCUCUUUCGUACAUUUCUUCAUUUUUUUUGUUGUUGUUGUUGUUCUUGUUUAAAUCCUACAUAUCUAUAUAUAUAUAUAUUUUAAUUAUAAUAGUAAAUGCUCACGUCGUCCAAGAAGCAAUCGUCUUGCACAACUUAAACGAUAGUCUUACUUUAACUCUUAUCCUUGGAAUUAAUAUUAACAAUAAAAAUUUUCUUAUGU